AUGGAGAAUCCUCACGAACAAGUGCAGGCUAACAUACUUUCACGGAUAAUUGGCAAUGUCAAACGGCUCAAUGAGAGCGUAGCGAUUCUUAAUCAGGAGCUUGUGACCAUUAAUAAUCGGAACAAGAAUCUAGAAAUCAUGGGUGCGAUUUGUGAUAACUACCACAGCAGCGUCCAGUUCAACCUGGAAGCGACCAAUAACAAGAAGCCACCUCUUUAG